UUUAUAAUUGUUUCUUAAUAAAGAUUAUGCAAAACAUUGGUACUAUUAAUGAAACAUGUCCUAGCAACGCUAUUUUAGAUAUGCUCAAUCAUCAUUCCAGAUGCAGUCCAUGACGAAACGUGGCUUACGAUUAUUCUAUUCGGAAGAUGAGGGUGAUUCUAGUGACGAUGGCAAUAAAAUGGCUUUGGCAACGGUGAUACCACGUAGAGAAGAACGCCUUGGUGCAGGAGAUAGGCUAUCAUUGGAUAUAGGAGCACUUAAGCGUCAAUACGCUCGCCUUCGAGAGAGACAAAGACAAGCUCAUGUGAUUUUAGCAGCAGCUUGUGCCCGGCAUGCUGCAGAACGCCACCCGCCAUGCCGCUUUAAAGUCAAUAUAUCAGCUCCCGAAUCAGCAAGUAAUGUAGCUGACGUUCUUCUGAAACUGUGCCCUGUAUAA